AUGAUCUCCUCGGGCUGGACAUUCUUCUUGAUCGUGACGAUCAUAUCGAGCAGCGUUCAACAGCCAACUUUCUUCAGAAAUUCGUUCAAAGGGCUGAAUGGUGUCACUCUGAGGAACUACGCGUAUGACAGAAAUGAGAUCACGGCUGUUUACUAUCACGAUCAGACUGUGGCGGUGGUCGAUCUCGGAGCGAACAACGAACUGCACAACUGCAACUUGAUCGAAGUAUAG